UAUUAAUUAAAGCUUGAGGAAGCCGAGCAAACAUCUCUGGAGUUGGGGAUCCAUCGACAUCUAUCAUCCACAAACGGUUGAAUGCUCCGCCAAGUCGCCGAUUCUCUUCGCGGUUUCAUCCUCCGUCAGACGCCAACACGCAGCACAUCAGCAGCACGCCUCUUCAGUCGUCAACUACUCACAUCACUCCCGUCGCGCAGUCGCCUGCUCUCCGCCACUCAACUAUCAGCGGCUCAGUCAAUCGGCGCUUCCCUCAAUUUUCACAUCCAACCAUUCGUAGUCCCGUGGAUGCUACAAUUUAUUCUGAAGAAGCUCUUGCUUGAGUGGAAUUGUUUUUCUUCUUUUGUGCAGGCGUUUGAAGGUGAACAUGAAGCUUGAUUAAAGAUCCAUGUGAUGGUAGAUAAUUUGGAGAGGAAGACCCAAAAAAAUUUGUUUCACAGGAUCCCCAUUUUCUCCAGAUCCGGCCUGGUUUAGAGUGUUCGGAACUUUCCCCGUAUUAAAGAAGGGAGGUGGUUGCUGAAAAAAUAUGGCAACGUUGAAGGAGAUCUUGACUCGGCGUCCCCUGGCAGCGACAAUCCGACUAAGGGUUGACGCCGGCGCUGCAAAGCCUGGACCGCCAGUAGGCCCCGCUUUAGGUCAAUACAAGCUGAACUCCAUGGCUUUCUGCAAGGAUUUCAAUGCCCGUACGCAGAAAUACAAGCCUGGAACGCCUAUGUCCGUUACGAUAACGGCUUUCAAGGACGGAACCUUCGAAUUCACGUUGAAAUCACCGUCAGUCACUUGGUACCUGAAGCAGGCGGCCGGGGUGGAGAGCGGCAGCAGCCGCCCUGGUCACGUGAUCGCCUCUACGAUAACCCUAAAGCAUGUAUAUGAAAUUGCAAAGGUCAAACAAAGUGAUCCCUUUUGCCAGUAUAUGUCUCUGGAGUCCAUUUCUAAGUCUAUUAUCGGCACUGCAAACUCAAUGGGGAUCAAGGUCCAGAAAGAGCUCGAUUAAGGUCUGUUCUGUGUACUUACUUUGCUGAUAUCCCACAUCUAAAAGGAGUAAUUAACAUCAAAGUCUAUUUCAACCAAAUCAAUUCAAAAGACACCUAUGCUGUUUAGAGGAGAUUAGGUCUACCACCAAAUGGAGCCUUAGUUUUUCAUGUCUUGAUUAGGCAGUGUUCAUUUCCUAAAUGAAAACAAAAGAGUGAGAUUAGUCAGUGAUUAUUUCUGGUUGUUUUGUUUUCCAGGUGCACUGGUGGGUGCUCAAUAAUGGGUUAUUGACUUGUGUGUUUGUAGUUAUUAAUAUGUAUGGAUUUCUUACGCCUAUGCAGCUAUUUUACACACAGUUUUCAACUUGCAUGCUGUAUUUCUGUAUUUUCCAGGGAAUGGUCUCUUUUUUUACAAGCCAUGACUACCUUUGUCAUUUUAAGCUCCGUAGCUUUACUCAUUUGCUCAUGUAAUCCUAUAAUCAAUAAAUGCACAUAUAUCAAAGACUUUUUAAUAAGAAUAACCUAUUUUUGAUGGAAAA